UCUCUCUCUCUCUCUCUCUCUCUCUCUUCCCUUUGACUCUUAUCAUGGCCAAAAGUAAUGAGAAUAUAAGAUAUGAAGAGGAGUACAUCACCAACUCUCGUGGCAUGAAGUUGUUCACAUGUAGAUGGUUGCCCCAAAAUACACCUCCCAAAGCUCUGAUCUUUUUAUGUCAUGGAUAUGCAGUGGAGUGCAGCAUAACUAUGAGAGAGACCGGAAUUCGAUUGGCGAAAGCGGGUUACGCCGUUUACGGGAUGGAUUACGAGGGCCACGGAAAAUCUUCUGGGUUACAGGGCUACAUACCAAACUUUGAUGACCUUGUUGGAGAUUGCUCAACCUAUUUCAUGAGUGUUUGUGAGAAGCAUGAGAACAAGAAGAAGCUGAGGUUUCUUCUUGGGGAAUCAAUGGGGGGAGCAGUGGCUCUUCUUCUACAUAGGAAGGAGCCAACCUAUUGGAGUGGAGCUAUUCUAGUCGCCCCCAUGUGCAAGAUUGCUGAUGAGAUGAAACCUAAUCCUAUAAUGAUCAACAUUCUGAGGAAGCUCUCUAACAUAGUGCCAAAGUGGAAGAUAGUUCCCACUCAAGAUGUAAUUGACAAGGCCUACAAAAGUGAAGAGAAAAGAAAGGAGAUUCGAUCGAAUCCAUAUUGUUACAAGGGAAAGCCCCGAUUGAAAACGGGACAUGAACUUCUUAUGGUUAGCUUGGACAUUGAAAAGAACCUUAACCAGGUCUCAUUGCCGUUCUUGAUCGUGCACGGCGGCGACGACACGGUGACCGACCCAUCGGUGAGCAAGCUACUCCACGAGUCGGCCUCGAGCCGUGACAAGGCCUUCAAGCUCUACCCCGGGAUGUGGCACGCGCUCACGUCGGGCGAACCCCCGGAGAACACCGAGCUCGUCUUCUCCGACAUCACCGCCUGGCUUGACGAGAGGGCGGCGGCGGCGGCGGUCGGAGAUUUGCGGUCGGAGAUGGAGCAGAAGGCGAAGCACGACGCGAUACAUGAUAAGGAGAUUGCUAACUAAUGAUUCUUAAGAAUUUUAUGGUCAGUUGAAUUUAUUUAUUUAUUUUUUGUUUUAAUAAGAUUUUGAAUGAUUUUUUUUAAAGUACAUUGGAAUUAUUGGAUUGGUUUGUACCCAAAAAAAAAAAAAAAGUGCCAUGCUCAAACGAAACUAAAUAUAUGGUACACUUUGUACUACAUUGUGAAUGACGUGUUGCUACAAAUAUUGGAAUCGGUCCUAAUUCCACCCAACUAUGUACCAACUUUGAACCUGUUGCCAUGUGAUUUUGAUUAGUCCCAAACUAACAUCACAUAGACAUUUUUCCCUGAACCGUCUCUAC